AUGCUUCCUCCAUCCUUGGCUACAUGGACUACGUGGGCAGCCUGCUGUGUGGCAGCGCUCGCUUCCUCCACGCCGAACACACCGAACACGCCAGAACACCUUGCCCGUCCAAGAAGAUCUGAAGCUAAACCUGUCAAACUCGACUUCACCGUGCUUCGUGGGUCAUCCAAGAAUGAUGCCCGCCCCAAUAGACAAGCUAGACUCGUAAAGCGUGCCACAAACGAUGGCUCUGCGCUCAUGGAGUUAGAAAACCAACAGAGUUACUAUUCCUGUGAUUUGUACAUCGGCUCCAAUGGCCAAAAGUCCACCGUGUUAGUCGACACCGGCUCCUCCGACUUGUGGAUCAUGGACACCGACAUGACGUGUUAUGCGCAGCUGCAGUCUUCGAAGAGAGACUUCAGCACAUUCUACCGUGUGUUGGACUUCCCAGCAUUGAACAAUCUCAAAAUUGACAAAGAGUCGAACGACAAGGACAGCUCCAAGAGAGCAGACUCGUGUGAGGGCUUCGCCUGUUUGUCAAGUCUCCUUAACAGCUUGGGUGGCGGCACUGCAACUCGGUACGGGACUCAAACUGCCACGGCUACUGCCGCCGCUGGUGCUAACUCAUGCACUAAGAUGGGUUCAUUCGAGACUAGAGACUCUGACUCUUUCAAGGUGAACAACUCAGCUCCUGCGUUUUCCAUCCAGUAUGCUGACGGAACCUCUGCACAAGGUUUCUGGGGUCAUGACCAAGUUGGAUUCAACGGACACAACGUGUCGAGUCUUAGUUUUGCUACCGUCAACGAGACUGACUCCACAUUUGGAGUGCUCGGAAUUGGCCUUGCAGGCUUGGAAACUACAUACUCAAGCAAUUAUGGUGACAGACCCUACACGUAUGAAAACUUGCCUAUCCGGAUGAGGCGCGAGGGAAUCAUCGACAAGAUUGCGUACUCCUUAUACUUGAACAAACAAGACGCAAGUUCGGGCUCGUUGCUUUUCGGUGCAGUUGACCAUGCCAAAUACACUGGCACUCUUCAAACGAUUCCUGUUGUCAAUAUCUAUCUGUCCUACUAUAGUCUGCCUAUACGUCUUGAUGUGGUGUUGGACUCCAUCAUUUUCGAGAGCAGCUCGCAAAACAUCACAGUGACAUCGGUGGCCAUCCCAGCGUUGUUGGAUUCGGGAACCACGUUGACGUAUUUGCCAACGUCGGUUCUCUCUCGUUUCACCAGUACCUUAGGUGCCUCCUACUCUAGUGCUUCACAGAUGUAUCAGGUUAAUUGCAAAUACAACUCCGACAGUUUAUUUGCUAUUUUCAACUUCUCGGGAAUCGAAAUAAAGGUUCCUUUAUCUGACAUGAUUCUCAAAAGCGGAUCGCAAUGUUACCUAGGAGUCCUCGAGCAGUCUCUGAGUGGGUAUAAAUACGCCAUUUUGGGUGACAACUUCCUCAGAAACGCAUAUAUUGUUUACAACUUGGAAGAUCUCGAGAUCCUGAUGGCCCAGGUCAACUAUACUGAUGAAGAGAAUAUCGAAAUUGUUAGUCUGGCUGUUCCACUGGCUGUGAAGGCUCCAGGUUACUCAAGCCCAAACCCCGAAAGGAUCUAUGAAGAUUAA